GUGGGAAAGUUAUCGCCUGGCGUGCAGGGCUCUAUCGUGAUGGAGAGAGCGAGCGGGCAGGGCAGCAGGGCAGACGGCAGCUCGCCCCCAGCGCCCGCUUUGACAUCCCCCUUCAGUGUUUCAUCCCGCGAGUUCAACGGGAGGGAAUGGCAUAUUUAAUCAGGAUACUGGAUCUCAACAUUUUUACCUUUUAACAAGACAAAAACUGACCAUGGCUGAGGGUUCAGACUUGGCUGGAGAUGUAGACUGGAAAGACCGAUGUAUGACUCUUGAGUCACAAUUGCUCAAGUUUCGUGUACAGGCCAGCAAAAUCCGAGAGCUUCUUGCAGAGAAGAUGCAGCAGUUGGAAAGGCAAGUAAUUGAUGCCAACCGUCGUGCUGAGAAAGCUUACCAGCAGGUCUGUGUUAUGGAGGAGAAGCUAAAAACAGCUAACAUCCAGACCGAUGACUCCGAGAAUAAGUUGUAUAAGAGCUGUCAAGAGUUGGAAACCCUUAUACUAGAAAAAGACGAUAUCAUACAACGUUUAGAGCUACAGCUUGAUGAACAGAAGCACCUGCGAAUCCAGGAGGCCAAAAUAAUAGAAGAGAAAGCAGCUAAAAUCAAGGAUUGGGUGACAAUGAAACUUCAGGAGCUUGAAACUGAAAAUCAGAACUUUAAAUUUACGAACCAGCAACAGGUAGAACACAUUCAGAUCCUUCAGACCAAGUUACAAGCCCUAACAGGGAGUCGAGGACAAAAGUCAUCAUCUGAUUUAAGCAAAACGUCAGGAGAAGCACAACGGCUUAGCAGCCUAACUUUUGGAUACUUCAAAGGAAACCCCAGAAGUCUUCAGCAGAAUACACUAGAAGCUGGGUCAGUGGACAUAAAAUUUACAGAAAAGGAAAUGGACAAGAAGUCUCAAAUGAAUUCCAUUCAAAAUACUGAAACAGAUCAAAGGCGUUUGUCUCAAAACAGCUGUGUACCUGAGCUACAAGAUAGAAAAAGACUAACUAGCCACCAGCUUUUACCAAAAGAAGCCACAGCUUUCAUGUCUUUGAGUGACGGCAGUUCUGAUGAAGACAAUGAGAGAAAAAAUAGUCUAAAAUCCAAAUAUUUGUCAAACCUCUCCAAUCACACAUCAGAAGGAGGCAUCAGGCUUAGUCACAUUGGGAGUGACACCUAUUUGACAGCAUCUGAUGACAGUAACUCUGCCUUUGAUGAUGAGAGUGCAGCAAUUCGCCAAGCUGAGCAAAAAUUACCCCGACAUAGUGCAAUUGCAAACACCGAAACUGUACAAGUAGUCGAUCGUUUUCCAAGCAAAAUAACGAGCUCAAAAACACUGAUUAAAAGAAUGGAUCACGAUACUUCCUCUGAUGAGUUAAACAAGAAAUUUGAAUCUCAAAGGCUAGAUUCUUCAUCAUCAUCUAGUGGAACAAAUACUCCAAACCUAAUUCUAACAUCUGCACUUGCAUCAAAACAUUUAACUCCUAUACCUGCCACCAGUAUCCAGCCCAUGCAGUCUUUCAUUGAGGCAAAUUCAUUCUCUAACUUAGCACCUCCAAAAUUAAGGACUCCCAAUGUAUUUAGUGUAAGUGUGGCCAAAGCAAAGAAACAUCUUAGCCAACCUCAAUUAAGUACUGAUCGUCUGUUUGGCAGAAACCGAAAUGCUAUAAGUAUGGUGAGGCCAAUGCGCCAUGAAGAGACAGACAUUGAUAUCAAUGAAGGUGAAAAUGGUAUUCUGGAGAAAAUGGAAACAGGCUAUGUUGAGGGAAUGUUUUUAUACGAUUCACCUGAAAGCCAAAUUACAGAGGAACCAGAAACAGGAGACACGACAAGCAAAGUUUCCAACAACAAGCCACCAACUCCUCCUCUGCACAGAUUCCCUUCCUGGGAAAGCAGAAUUUAUGCAGUAGCCAAGUCAGGUAUGAGGAUGUCAGAGGCCAUUUGUACAGAUCCAAGUAACAAAUGCACGAGCUUUAUAUCUUCAAAUUCAACACCAGGAUCCUACACCAGUUUAAUUUAUAAGAGUAUGACCUCUCCAGUUUACACUACUUUGAAAGGGAAAGCAACACAGAUCGGUACCAGCCCUUUCUCAGAUGAGUUUUCUGAAACUGAAGAAAGUGACAGUUCUAGAGGAAGUUCCAGGACUUCAAUGACAGGAUCAGACUCCCGCAAAGGCAGCAGUCCAAGCAGUCCACGGGCCAUGAAAAGAGGUGUAUCAAUGUCCUCCAUGACCUCAGAAAGUGAUUAUGCCAUCCCACCAGAUGCAUACUAUACAGACAUAGAAUGUUCUGAGCCAGAACAGAAACUUCCAAAAACAUGUUCUUCCCAAUCCAUCGACAGUGGAAAAAAUGAAUUGUUAGAAAAGUCUGGAUAUUUGUUAAAAAUGGGAGGAAAAGUAAAAACAUGGAAACGGCGAUGGUUUGUCCUUAAAGGCGGUGAAUUGCUAUACUACAAAUCACCAAGUGAUGUCAUCUGUAAACCACAGGGUCAGAUUGAGCUCAAUAUCUCAAAUCAUAUUGUCAGGUGUGAUGGAAAACAAACAAUUCAGCUGAUUACAGAAAAGAAGACCUACUAUCUGACUGCAGAUUCUCCAAAUAUUCUUGAAGAAUGGAUUCGGGUUUUGCAAAAUGUGUUACGCAUACAAGCUGCCAGCCCCCUCUUCACACAGCCAGGUGUUAAACCAUCAAUUAAAGGCUUACUAACCAAGGUAAAGCAUGGUUACUCCAAGAGAGUCUGGUGUGCACUUGUCGGAAAGAUUCUUUAUUAUUUCCGCAAUCAAGAAAAUAAGUUUCCAUUAGGUCAGAUUAACUUGGUGGAAGCAAGAGUUGAAGAAGUAGACAGAUCGUGUGAUUCAGAUGAAGACUAUGAGACUAGCAGUUGUAGCCUUCUAUCUACACAUUAUACAAUUGCCAUACAUCCCAAAGAGCAGGGGCCUACCUACCUCCUCAUUGGCUCCAAACAUGAAAAGGAUACCUGGAUGUAUCAACUAACUGUAGCGGCAGGCAGCACUAAUAUAAAUGUGGGAACUGAAUUUGAACAACUUGUUGGCAACCUGGUGAAUGCAGACAGUGGUACCUGCUCCCAGUUAUGGCUACAUCCUACCCUGUGCUAUAGUAAAGAUGGGAUAGCAUCUCCCCUUACCACAUUGCCAUCUGCAGCUCUACAAACUGAAGCACUGAAACUGUUUAAGACUUCUCAGUUAUUCAUCAAUGUUGCUAUUGAUGCUCCUGCCAUUGAUUAUCAUGUAUCAUUGGCCCAGAGUGUUUUACAAGUAUGUCUCACACAUAAAGAGCUACAAAAUGAGAUCUACUGUCAAUUAAUCAAGCAAACAAGAAAGCGACAAACCCAGAACCAGUGUGCACCCUUACAGGGGUGGCAGUUGUUGGCCCUGUGUGUUGGCCUUUUCCUUCCUCAGCAUCCUUUCCUCUGGUUGCUCAAACAUCACCUGCAGCAAAAUGCAGAUCCUAGGACUGAAGUAGGAAAGUAUGCCAUAUAUUGUCAACGGUCACUGGAGAGAACUCAGAAAAAUGGUGAUCGUGAAUCAAAGCCUUCCAGAAUGGAAAUCUUAUCAAUUCUCUUGAGAAAUCCAUAUCACCAUUCCUUACCUUUCAGCAUUCCUGUACAUUUCGUGAAUGGCACAUACCAGGUCGUUGGAUUUGAUGCAUCCACCACAGUGGAAGAAUUUCUGCACACUCUGAAUCAAGAUACUGGCAUGAGAAAACCAGUGCAGUCUGGAUUCUCUCUUUUCACAGAUGAUCCCUCAGGAAAUGAUCAAGAGCACUGUCCUCAAGGAAACAUAAAGAUUUGUGACAUAAUAUGCAAAUGGGAGCAGGCCUCCAAAGAACAGCAUCCUGGAAAAUUUGAGGGAACUAGAACUGUCCGUUUAACUUAUAAGAACAGGCUGUAUUUCUCUUCACAAGUUCGUGGAGAGACAGAUAGGGAAAAACUAUUGCUGAUGUACCAAACAAAUGUUGAAAUUGUGAAUGGGCACUUUCCUGUAAACAAAGAACUUGCAUUGGAAAUGGCAGCACUACUAGCUCAGGUGGAGUUCGGAGACUUUGAGCGACCAUUCUCCACUCCAGCGGGUCAGAUCUCAAUGCAAUCCAAAUCAAACCAAGUGCUGAAGCAAGUAACAGAGAAAUUUUAUCCGAAAAGAUACAAACAAGGCUGUACAGAGGAGCAAAUUAAACAACUAUGUCAGCGACUUUCUACUAAAUGGGUGGCUCUGCGAGGACGUUCUGCUGCUGAUUGUGUGCGCAUUUACUUUACUGUAGCAAGGAAGUGGCCUUUUUUUGGAGCAAAACUGUUUGCAACAAAGCCUAUCGCUCCACCACGAUCUGAUAUUGCACCAGUAUGGUUAGCUGUGCAUGAGAAUGGCAUCAGCAUAUUGGAAUACAGCUCUAUGCGCUUGAUAACAACGUAUAUGUACAAGAGUAUCAUGACCUUUGGAGGCUGUCGUGACGAUUUUAUGCUUGUAGUUGGAAAAACAGCAGAUAACGCAUGUACAAAAGACAAACCAACACAAAAACUCCUGUUUGCCAUGUCCAAACCAAAGAUUCUAGAGAUCACUUUGCUGGCAGCCAGUUACAUCAAUGGGUUCCAGCAUCAAAAAGGGACAGUCCACCACAUGUCACUUCCAUCUUCACUUUGUGUCCACAUGGGAGGACACAAAUUAAAGGACAUGGGGAGUCAACCAUUACUUUCAUACUCCAGGCCAACUAAAGAACCAACCUUGUUGUAAUACUGGUAGUAUUAAAACCUAAUGAUAUUUGCUUCAUAAAGUGACGUCAUAAUGUUACCCUUAUCUGUGCUGAAAAAAGGUUUGUUGGCAGCUCAUGCAGAAAUUUACUGCGCCUGAAAUUUUAAUUGAUAUAAUUGAAAUCCCAUUGUUUCCUGCAGGAUAAUGGCAGUAGUUCAAGCAAAUUAACAACAAAUUAUUUGCAUUUGUUUGUCUAAUAAUCAGAGCUCUGGUUCUCCUGGACAGAGGGCUAUAUAACAGUAAGUCCCCAUGCUUUUCGUGUUACCUCUGUGUAAUAGUUUACAACCUUAAUUUAAACAAGAGGCUGGCUCUACCUAAAUGCAUAACUUCCACUAAGAUUAAAACCAUAUUGUUUAUAAUAUUUUGUACCAGAAAUAGCAUUGUAUUUUGAUAGUCAGGUCAUGCAACCAAUUGAGGCACAACUUCCUCGUAGUCACAAAGGCGAUUUUUGGCCUUUCACUGAUUUACUUGUAUCUAAUAAUCCUUCAAGCAAUAUAUUUUAAAAUUUCUACAUUUUCAUCCCAAGCCAUGAAGUCUACCUUUAUUUAUCAAUUUAUUUAUAUUAGUGAACAAUUGUGUAAAUUCCAUUAUAAUCCCCUCCAACACCCCCACCACUACCUUAGUUACAAACUGUAAGAAACAGGAAAGUGCAGAAAGCAUUCUCUAGCAUUCCACUAAGUUAAAUGUCAUAUUCAAGCACAAAGGUACCAGAAACAAAAGAAAGGAAAAUCAGAAUGGACAAAACUCUGCCCAAAGCAUAAGAAUUGUAGAUUUUGUAAGGCACGAGAUAGUACAGGUGAGAAAGAUAAUUCAUUUAAUUUCAUCCAUCCAAAAAGGCUCUGUAAUACCGCCACCAAAGAAUCCAGUCAUUUCUUAAUGAGUCCAGAAUUUUAACCUCCACUGUUUUGCCCAGAAGUCUUUCCAUUUGUUGAUCAAUGUGUGUGAAGAAGAAUUCCCAACAUCAAUACUGUAUUGAAUUUUGCUAGUUUGAUCAGACUGUAACAGUUUAGUUUGAAGCUGUCCUACAGGGCUACCUUUUUUAUAACCAAUUAUAAAGGAAGUCCUCGAUAAGGAGACUUCCCAUUCAUUUUUCAAGGCUAAAAAGUCCAAGUUUCUCCAGUCUUUCCUUAGUUCUCUGAGGCUAAAAAUCAGUGUCAAUACCUCCUCUCUGAACAGUCCCCAGGACUUGAUUGUCUCCAUUUUAUCUUAAUAAGCAGUGGUUAAGAUUUGGGGUUUGUCCCAAGCAAUAUAAUUUAUGUAUGGCUUUUUUCAACUUGUACAACUCUGCUAUACUGUUCAUGCUCUAUUUGAUUUGUUGAUUAAUGGUCUGCCAAAUGAAAUAUAUUCUCCUCAAACAUCUAGAUUUCUUUCAUGUUACCUUUGGUUACUUGAUCACUGUUGAUGGGCUAAUUGUAUUGCCAAUGUUUUCUUUCCAUGUGAAGUACAUUAAACUUCAUCUACCAUAUUUUCCCACUUA